AUGAAAGAAGAAUUAGAUGAAGCAUAUAACUGUAAUUUACCAUCGAAUGAGUUCUUAACUUGGAUCAAGUACAAACAUCAUCCUGUUGUAUUCUGGGAACAAUUCGAACAUUCCCGAGUUACAAAUAGAAUAUCGCAACGUUAUAAUACAACGAGUUACGGGAAGUGGUUGAUACCCAUAGCUUUAAGGCAAAUAUCAUCAUUAAAUGGAAAUAUGUGGAAAAUAUGUUUAAAACCAAAUAUUGAUUCUUCCGAGUUUCCCACAACUUUUUUAAAUGAAGUUUGGAUGGUAAACUUUCAGCAAGCUGGAUACUAUCGAGCCAAAUAUGAUUCAGUAACCUGGGGCAUCAUUGCAAAACAUUUAAAUGAUACAGCUGGACAUUAUGAGGAUAUAAGUGUAAUCAACCGUGCUAAAAUCAUCGAUGAUGCGUUUCAUUUAAUGAUUAAUCGUCAGCUCAAUGUAUCAGAAUUUUGGAAUCUUACGCAAUUUUUAUCGCAAGAAACAAAUUUUGUAGUGUGGUAUCCAAUGCUUAAAGUGUUUGAAUAUAUGUCAA